GUAGUUACUCCCUCUCCCUGAGAGAGAAAAGAAAGGCAACCAACACCUUUUAGCUGAAAUGCUCACCCAGUUAGCCCAGCACUUUCGACUGCUUUCUGUGUUUUAACUGGAGAAACUAGAGGUUAAACGCAGCGGGGGAGAGCCGUGGAUUUGACUCGGAGACUUUUUUCGGGGGUUCAGUCUCAGACCUGUUGCUGAUUCACCGAAACCUGAGCAGGUUUUGCACUUUAUUUCGCUGAGACCGAGCCGGGGAUGCUGGGCUUUCUGCGCGGGUUGGGACUGUGUUGUUGGUAAAGCUACUGCUAACUGAAGAGGCACCAUGCACGUGUCUCUGGCGGAGGCUCUGGAGGUGCGGGGCGGACCGCUGCAGGAGGAGGAGGUGUGGGCGGUGCUGAGUCAGAGCGCUGACAGUCUACAUGAACUGAUGCGCACAGACCCUGCGGCCCUGGGUUUUAUCAUCUCCCCAUGGUCACUGCUGCUCAUGCCCUCCGGAAACAUCUCCUUCACUGAUGAGAAUGUGACUCAGCAGGACCUGAGAGCGUUUACCUCCCCGGAAAUCCUUGAGGGCCUCAACCUCUCCUCUGUGGCCGACAUUGAGAAGAUGCAUGUGUACUCCCUCGGAAUGACUCUUUUUUGGGGGGCCGACUAUAAGAUUCCUCAAAGCCAGCCCAUGACGCUGAGUGAGCACCUGAACAGUGUUCUGCUGAAGAUGUGUGAGGACUCAACGCUGUCCCGGCUAUCCGUGCGCUCCAUCCUGAACACCUGCAGCACACACAUCCGAAACUCCACCUGCGACCCCGCCUUCUCCUAUAUCCGCAAGUUGGUGCGCCUGGUGCUCGGCAGCCUCUCUCAGUUGGAUGGUUUGCUGUCCCAGACGGAGAAGGAGUCUCUUCCUGAGAGGAGUAAAGAGAUUCGGGACAGGCUGCGUGGAAAGGGUCUGCCUGCAGGGAGAAGUGCAGCCCACCGUGUCCUAGAGCGUUAUCGAGCGCGGACCCAGGACCAGGCUGCCCUCAACCGUGGCUUGAGUCGCUCCAUGGGCUCCCUGCCCAUUCAGGGUGCCUUGCAAGUGGAUGAAAGCACCCCUCAAGACCCCUUGUCUGAAUAUGGCCCAGGCUCAGAGACCUCCAGCGAGCCGUACACUCAGCAGCAGGCCCGGGGCCGUCCCAUGGACACGGACCGUCGCUCACUGCCCCACCACAGGAAUAAGAACUGGGCGUCCUCUGUGGACCUUGCUUGUCUGGAUCCAGAUGUCCUUAGGUUCGGUGCAUUGGAGGAUGCCCGACGGGGCAGCACUGCCCUUAGCACCCACUCUGUUGGCCGGCCCAGAUCAGCCGUCAAGGCAUGGGAGGGGCGCUACCCUGAAUUUAGCAGCCUGGAGGCCAAAAAAGCUCACCAUCAGUCAGCCCACUCUGUGAGUGGAGCCUACAACAAGUUCAGGGAGCGACACAGGAAGCUGCAUGCUCUCAGCCAGGCCAUGGAUGACCCCAUGCACACCCAGCAGAGCUACCACAGUGACUACAGCUCCUCCAGUGAGAGUCCAUCAGUCACCUCUUCAGAUCCAGACUACAAACAUGCCAGAAGAUCAGAGGAGAUAAGACGCUUUAGUUCACAGGUGGGACUGUCCGAGACUGAUGGUGCGCUGUUCAGUGGUGGACAGAGGCACAGGCUGUAUGACCGUGGGCAGGAGGAGCUGUCGGGGGCGGAGCUAUUGGUGCACAGACAGGAGGAGGAGAUCCGGAGGCUUCAGGCGCGUCUGUCCCGGGCCAGCUUUCCUCCUUUCGAUGACCGUCGCACUUCCAUCGCUGACCUGCGGGAGCCACUUAGAAGCAACCCACUGAACACAAGCAGCCUGCAGCCUCUCAAAGCCAAGAAUGUCUUUGGUCCAGAGUUUGUGAAAAUGGCCAGUGAACCUCAGGUUGUUUUGAAUGUCCCUGCCUCCAUAAUGAAUAAGCGAGGGAAGGUGGAGGAGAGCCAGAGGAAGGUGGGUGUGGUGCUGCUGAAUGGUCAGAAGCUGGAGGUGAGCUGUGAUGUGAAGGUCCUGUGUAAAGAUGUGCUGGACAUGGUCAUCGCUCAUGUGGGCCUAGUGGAGCAUCACUUAUUUGGCCUGGCCUUUCUCAGAGAUGACGAGUUCUUUUUCAUCGACUCAGACACCAAACUCUUAAAGGUAGCCCCUGAUGGUUGGAAGGAGGACCCUAAGAAGAAGAAAACAGACGUGAAUUUUAAUUUGUUUUUGCGCAUCAGGUUCUUCCAUGACGACGUGAACUUCAUCCAGCACUUCAUGACCAAACACCAGUACUACUUGCAGUUGCGGAAGGAUGUUUUGGAGGAGCGUCUGCGCUGUGAUAUGGAGAAUGCUAUGCUUUUGGCCUCUUUGGCACUGCAGGCAGAGUUUGGAGACUACCAGGCAGAACUCCAUGGAAAGACAUAUUUCCGGAUGGAACAUUACUUGCCUGCAUAUGUGAUGGAUAAACUGGACCAGAGCUCCAUUAAGGAGGAGCUUUCCAAACUCCACAGCACAUACUAUGGAGCCAAAGAGGAGGAGGCGGAGUUUGAGUUUCUGAAAGUGAGUCAGCGGCUAACGGAGUACGGAGUUCACUUCCACAGAGUUCUGCCAGAGAAGAGGUCCCAGACUGGCAUCCUGCUGGGCGUCAACUCCAAAGGUGUUUUAAUCUUUGAGCUGCUGAAUGGGAAUCGAACCCCAGUCCUGAGGUUUCCCUGGAGAGACACCAAGAAGAUCUCCUUCACUAAAAAAAAGAUCUGCCUGCAGAACACAUCAGAUGGGAUCAAACACCAGUUCCAGACAGACAGUCAGAAAACCUGUCAGUACCUUCUCCACCAAUGCUCUGCCCAGCACAAGUUUCACCUUCAUCUGAAGACCAGGCAGAGCAACCAGGAGCUGCAGGAGAUUGAGAACUCUCCUUUGAGUAACCUGCAGUAUCCUGCUGGUCUGGACAGUUUGGACAGAACUAUCAGCGUGGCCAGUUUAGCCCUGAGCACGCCCGGCUCGCGUUCUGAUUCUGACCCGUUAAAGCUGAUAAACUCUGAGCUCGCUUUGACCCGGGGUGUCCCCGCACGCCUCUCCAUCCCAGAGGAGAGCUCUUUCCCUGGCUUCAACUCCACCUCCAACCCCCGGCUCAAGAGCCGCUCUCAUCACAACUUGGGCCAGGUGCCCGAGUCCCCGGAGCACAGGGCGGUGCCCUUCAGCAGCCAAUCACAGAGCAACACUGUUAGAUCGCUGUCACUCACACAGUCACAUCAGAGGGCCAGCUCCGACACGGACUCCAUCACAAUCAGCAGACAACCGGAGGGCUCUGUAGGCGACGGUGCCAGCUGGAGUCCAAAAAGCCAAAGGGAGGAAUCAGACUCUUCAUCCUGUGAAGAAUCUGGUCAGGCUUAUGUCAAAGAUUCUCUGAGGAAGAAACUGAACUCAUUGCCAUCCCCUGAGCGAGAGAUUAAAAGUGUAAAUCUAAAGACAGAUGUGAAAUAUGGUCUGGGCUUUGAGAUCAGUGGAGGGGAGAACUCGGGCCGGAUAGAUCUGGGCCCCAUCAUCAGCUCCAUCACUCCUGGGGGUCCAGCUGAUGUUGACAGCUGUCUGAAACCAGGUGAUAGGCUACUCAGUGUGAACGACGUCAGCCUAGAGGGCGUACCAUACGAGAAAGCUGUGGAGAUCCUACAGAGUGCUCCUGAUGAUAUCACCCUGGUGGUUUCCCAACCCAAAGAAAGACUUUUCCCAGAGGAGCAGACUGCCUCGCCCAGCCCCUCUCCUCCUCCAUUUGCCUCAUCCAGUAAGAAUGGGAUCUCCCAUGCCAUGCCCAUGGGCCAGUGGCAGGAGAGCCUCAGCUCUCAGGACUCAAAGAGUGACCAGUCGAGCCUGGCAUUGCUGCACGUUAAUGGCUUCCAUCAAAAACUACCAGAAGAGAUUUUGGCAGCCCAGUCCUCCCCCAAUGAGCACGAGCAGACAGCUGAUGUCACACCUCCAGCCCUGCCUCCUAAAACUCGGAAGACCAAAAGCCCAGAAGUGCCUUUAGAGCUGGAGCACUCGGACCGAGGCGACUCGGACAUGGACGAGGACACGUACUCAAGCAGCCAAGAAAAGCCCAAAAAGGAGAUAUUGCCACACUCUGUCACGGACUCGUUAAGCGGUAGUGGCCCAGAAGUCAAUAGUCUCCAGCCUGGAGAUCUAUUUGACGUUCAGCUGUCUAAACUAGACAGCAGUCUGGGCAUUAGUGUCACGGUACUGUUCGGAAAGGGCGGCUCCAACACCACAGUCAGGCAUGGUGGGAUAUAUGUCAAAGCAGUCCUCCCCAAAGGAGCAGCUGAGCUGGAUGGAAGGAUAAAAAAAGGCGACCGUGUCGUGGCUGUGAAUGGGAAGAGUCUGGAGGGGGCCACUCAUAAGCAGGCUGUGGAUGUUCUGAAAGAGACCGGACAGGUUGUGAAUCUGUUGCUGGAGAGAGGGCAGCUGCCAGUAGACAGUGUGCAUGCCCCUCUGACCCCUCAGGUCACUUCAAGCCUCAAAACCUCCAAACAUGCAGCUCCUGCAGAAGAACCCAUCCGUGCAGCAAGGCGACCCGAGCUGGAGUACAGCUUCAUCACACCAGAUAAUGUGUUUGAUGUGAGCUUGCUGAAAAACACCUCUGGCCUGGGAUUCAGCUUUAGUCGGGAGGAGAACGUUCCGGACGAGCCCCUCGGCACCAGCAUGGUUCGGGUCAAGAAGCUGUUUCCAGGACAGCCAGCUGCAGAGAGCGGCUGCAUCCAAGUGGGAGACGUCAUCCUGCGUGUCAAUCAGACAUCACUUAGAGGGCUCUCGCAGCAUGAAGUGAUCUCAGCACUGCGAGGGACGGCUCAGGAGGUCACUCUGAAGCUCUGCAGGCCGGAAGUAGGGGUUCUACCCAAGAUGGAUUUCUCCAGCCAGACCCCCAUGGCAUCUCUCCGGAAAGAGCCCCCACCUAAGCCUCAUUUUGCCCCUGACACAGCGUCUCCACCUCAGGCAGAAAAGGUGUUGGGUCCAGUGGAGCAGGUUCUGGAAAGGCUGCUGAUGAAGUCGCCGAGCCGCAGGGACAGCUACAGCGACAGCACUGAUGAUGAAGAAGAUGAGGAUGUGGAGGAGGCAUUUAGCCCCGCCAGCAUGGAGCAGGCUAGCCUAAACUGGGACCACAGCGUCUACCAAACCCCCAGGGCCAACCUGCCACAGGGCAGACCCGGGCAUUACGACUCGCCCAGUGAGCUAGACGACUCAAUCCACUCUGCUUACUACUCCUCCAGCCAGUCUGCCAGCCGUAAAGAGAACGAAAAGAGGCCUCCCUCCUUGUCUCCUCUCUUGUCAGAGCUGAAGUCUUCUCCAGCUCUGUCUGGAAGAGCGUUCCUGAACCCCAGUCCGGACCCCCUUCCCCCUCCACUUCCCUUACCCAUUAACACCACCCUGCCUGAACAUCAGCCAGAGAUGGAAGAUUUCCUGCCAGAGGUGGAGCUAAAAGUGUCUCUGGUGAAAUCAGAUAAAGGAAGUUUGGGCUUCACUCUGACAAAAGGAAAUGACCACAAUUGCUACAUCCACGACAUCAUCCAGGACCCUGCUAAAGGAGACGGUAGACUACGGCCUGGUGAUCGCAUGAUCAUGGUAAAUAACACUGAUGUCUCCGGUAUGACUCACACAGAGGUGGUUAACCUGGUCCGAGCUGCCCCAAGAGUUGUGGAUCUGAUGGUGGGUCGUGUGUUAGAGCCGCCUAAACCACCAAUAGAGGCCCACCUUCUUCCUGACAUCACCUUCCAGUGCCCUAGUGAUUCUUUGGGUCUUGUUCUGGACGGGGGUCGGGACAGUGAUCUGGGCGUGCUGUACGUGAAGGACAUUGUGCCUGGCUCAGCAGCAGCCUCAGAGGGCAGCCUGAAACAGCUGGACCUCAUCCACUACAUCAACGGAGCGCCCACCCAGGACCUGACCCUCAGUGAGAGCCACCGGCUACUGGAGCUGGCACUCAGGGAGCUCACGCUAAAGGCCACCAGGGAUGGGAAGCCUGUGUGUCCCGAGAAAGAGAGGAUCUCCAUCCUAAACAAUAACGUUAGCCCCAAAGACAACUACUCCUCCAGUAUGAAUGGUUAUCUACACAGCAAUGAUGAUGACCUGGAGGCCCUCUGUCCCCCUGAGGAGCAGGUCAUUCAACUGCAGUUGGAGAAGCCACCAUCAGGUGGCCUGGGCUUCUCCGUGAUUGGUGGAGAGAGAGGGAUCUUUGUGAAGUCGGUCACUCCGGGAGGCAUGGCUCAUGCUGAAGGAACUCUGCAAGUAGGAGAUCGUCUGCUCAAAGUCAAUAACGAGCUGAUGACCAGUGUUUCACACACUAAAGCGGUCACUUCCAUCCGGAAGACUAAAGGAAUGGUUUACCUUGUGGUGUCUCGUCCACCAGAUCAGACCCCCAGCACCUACCUGGGCUUCAUGCCCCUGAACAGCACCUACAAUGGCAACAUGGAUGUCAGUGAGGACAGCGGGGUGAAGACCAAGCUGCACAGUUCACCGGAUGCUUGCCACUCUAAGAGUCUGCCUUCCCUCCCACCUAUAGAUUACGACACUACAUCUCUAGACAGGCAGAAGAGGCUGGACCCUGAUGUGUCUGAGGAUACAGACUGUGAUGGCUCCUCCCUCCCUGAGGAUUCUCCAGAGACCUCCAGGAAGGCUGCGUGGAAGGAGGAGAAUGUAGAUAACCCACAGAACGACAGUUAUCUGCUGUUGUCAGGACAGCUGGAUGAAGAUGAGAUCACAUGGGGUAGUGAGGAACUCCCUAUAGAUGACAUAAACUACAAAUUCACACAGGAUGGUCUGAUCAUCACAGAGGAGGAGCUGACGUCUCUGCCACUGGUCAAGGUGGUUCCAGAGGGUCAGUAUACUGGGCCGAAGCUUAACUCGGUGGUGCGAAUGAUGAGAGGACUGCUGGAACAGAAGAUUCCCUUGCAGGAGUUUGAGAAUCUACAGAAUUUGCAGCCUCUGGAUGACUGUUUGAUUGGACAGAUGCAGGAGAACAAGAAGAAAAAUCGUUAUAAAAACAUAGUGCCCUUCGACACUACGAGGGUGGUCCUGGGUAAAGAUGGUGGCUACAUAAACGCCAACUUCAUAAAGAUGCUGGUAAAGGACGAGAGCUUUCACUACAUUGCCUGCCAGGGGCCGCUGCCUACCACGCUAGGGGACUUUUGGCAGAUGGUUUGGGAGCAGAAAUCUAAUGUAAUUGCCAUGAUGACCCAGGAGGUGGAGGGGGGGAAAGUGAAGUGUCAGCGCUACUGGCCUGACGCGUCUCACACGGCCGAGAUGGUUGGUGAGAGGCUGCAGAUCACACUGAUCAAAGACCAGCAUCUCGAGAACUUUGUUAUCCGACUCAUCGAGGUCAAAGACAUCCAGACCAACGAAAUCCAGAGAGUGACACACCUGAACUACACUGGCUGGCCCGACCACGGAACCCCCACCCAGCCAGAACAACUGCUGACCUUCAUCUCCUACAUGAGACACAUUCACCAAUCAGGACCAAUCAUUACACACUGCAGCGCUGGGAUUGGCCGGUCAGGAACGCUUAUCUGCAUAGAUGUGGUCCUCGGCCUGAUCAGCAAAGACGCUGAUUUUGAUAUCUCGGAUGUUGUGAGGAGCAUGAGACUCCAGCGACAAGGCAUGGUGCAAACUGAGGAACAGUAUAUCUUCUGCUAUCAGGUGAUUUUGUACGUGCUCAGGUGUCUGCAGGCCGAGGAGAAGAUCUCAGGAUAGAAGUGAGGACUCCUGAUACAGCCCCAUUCGUUACUGCCUUACAACCUUAAUGCCUUACUGCUCACGCUCCAAUCAGAAUAAAACGCUGGAAAAAGCCAACAAGAACUUUCUUCAGAACUUUGAUCAAAUCUGUUUUGUCUGUUACCAACGCCAGUUUUGUACAAUCCUGUAGUUUGAGAUUCUUUUUUUCGGAUACUGGAAACCAGAUUUUAUAAUUUAUAAUCUAUUUUCAAUACUUUUAUAGACCAUACUGAGCAAAAGUGAUUUAAAAAAAUAAUGUUUUAAGUGGAACAAAAACUGUUUUUUCAAAAAAGUGAUAUAAACUUGUCGCUUUGAUAGAAACAACAACAGUAUUUUUUUUUGUAAGUCAAUCGCUGAGUGUCAGAAAUAAUCAAUAAAAUUAAAAUGUACAUAUUGAUCAUGUUGAAAGUGCUGCACUAUUUGCAAUUUGUAAAUACAAGAUUAUCAUGCCUUUAAGCUUCCAGGUUGAACACUGGCUUUCUUGUACAUUUUGUUUCAGCUGCUUAAAUGUAAUAAAGACAUAAAUAAAAGUAUGUGUAAUUGAA